AUGACUAGAUCCGCCGUAUUAGCCCUGUUGGGCAGCCUUAUCCUCGAACUUGGGGCUGCCCUUCCCACUGAUCAUAUGGAGCAAACUCUCCACUUUGCCCGCCAAGCUGGCCUCGCUAUUACGGAGAACUUCCACCCAUUGACGAGAGUUCAGCGGAGCCAUCGCCUGACGGGUGGUCCUGACGAUUACCCGAUCAGUUCAGGGGGUGUUGCUAACCUUAGAGCGGUAGCCCAGCAGAUGCAAUAUGUCACGCAAGUAGGAAUCGAAGAAGAGCGUUAUUAUAUGGUCGUAGAUACCGGUGGUGCUGAUACAUGGAUUGUCUCGGAGGAGUUCCAGUGUGUGGAUCCCAACUCUGGUCAGGAGAUUGCUCAGGAACGGUGUAUGUUCGGUCCUUUAUAUAAUAGAGACUUCCCCGACGGAGAGAUCUGUCAGAAUUUGAACUCAACAUAUAACGACGGAGAAUAUAUAAAUGGGCCGAUGGGAUUCGCAGACAUUACCAUCACCGACGUCACUAUUCCGAAGCAGCAAUUUUCGAUCGUAAACCUGGCUGCCUGGAAUGGUGAUGGGGUGUCGAGUGGCCUCCUUGGGCUCGGCUUUCGAGCAGCAACCACCGCCUAUACGGGGGAAAACCCCCGAAAUGACAGUGCCGACAACUUGGUACAUUACUCCCCUAUUAUGGAAACUUUGCGCACCAGCAAGGUGGCAGAUCCAAUAUUUAGUAUCGCCAUGUCUCGCGAGGAGAGCCGAUCAUUCAUUGCUUUCGGCGGUGUGCCACCGGUCAGGACGGGAGAAUAUACAACUGUGCCGAUCCUAAUGGAAACGUCACCCAGGACUGGUAUAACGGCCUAUUACGUCUACUCUAUCGAAGUUGACGCGAUCUCCUGGAACAGUGGCACAAUCUACCACACGGAGACUAAUCUACCGCACAUGUUCGUCGAGUCAGGCACAGCAGUUAAUGUAUUCCCAGUCAACGUGGCAGCAGGCAUCAACAUGGCCUACCAGCCCAGUGGACAGCUUCAAGAUAAUAUAUGGUACGUGCCCUGCGAUGCUAUUCCGCCCACCCUCGAUAUCGUCAUCGGCGGAAAGGCCUUCCGUACCACUCCUAGCAGCAUGAUAUUGCCUGAAACCGCGACGGAGGGGUCAAACCUUUGCCUUUCGGGCAUACAAGUCGGGGAGCCUAAUGGAUAUCUGCUCGGUAUUCCCUUCCUACAAGAGAUCCUCGCCGUUUUCGACGUCUCGGAGAAGUUGGAGUUGAGCCUCGCUCAACGUUUUGACUAG